AUGGUCAUCUCUGGCUUAAUUCGCCCCGUACGUCAGCGUGGCCUUCGCAAGUUUCCAACGUUCAUCCUGCAGCUAUACCACGCCCGCAUUCUUCAGGACGCCCAGGUCCGGGUUCUUGGCUACGGCCUCGUAAAGCGCGUCCGACCCGGCCAGACCCCAUCCCUAACGCCUCUCACGCUAUUAGUCACCUCGGACGUUUCUGUGGAUGAACAAUACUCGGCCUGGAAGGUCGCGGUGAGUGAUCUCAGAUUACUCUUCGACAAAGCCAAUCGCGAGGACCUUACGAUUGAAAUUACAGACAUCAGAACAGCAGACGGAGUACCAUCAUCGCCGCUCACAGAUUGCGCGCCAGAGCUUGUCGCAGCAUGGGAGUGCUAUCGGCCAGCUCUCCUUGAAGAUAUCCAGGAACAACAGUGGCUCACCGCCGACGUCGUCCUCCGUGAAAUCGGAGAAUUGCACCCCAUACGCGCCCCUACUCUCCUCAUCACCGCACAGGAUGCCGACUCAGCCAUAUGGUGGGACAAAAUCCUACCUCAUAUACGUCAACAACUCCCCCAGACAAUGGAGGUCGACCUCCUUUACACACCACACCUGGACAUGCAGACAUCUGGACACGAGGAAGAAGCAGAGGAACCGUAUGUACGCCCUGCCAUAUGUUCUACAAUGCAGGACUACGACGCCAUCGUAGAGAUGGGAGCCAGUAUUGGCGUAGAGCAGCCGGACAACAGCGGAACAGUGGGCGCUGUCAUCGUACUCAAGGAUGCGGCAGGCAAUGAGACAAAUUGCGCCUUGACCAAUCACCACGUCGUUGCGACACACGAUCCAAAGAGUGUCAUCAAUAGCGUCCUAGACGCCGACCCGAAUCGUCUUCUAGGUACGGUGAUCGCAUCGUCGGGCUAUCGUGUGCGUGAGAACGACGACUACACCCCCGCUGAAGUACAAACACUUUCCACUGUGGAUGACGUGCUGGACGACGCCUUCAAGAGGAAGGACGGUACAUUCCCCCCGAGCCUGGCCGACCAGAUCGCUGGUCGCACCCUGAAAUUCGCGCUCGACUGGGCACUGAUGAAGGUCGCCACAGGCCGGACAAUGAGCGACCGUGUUCCCAUUGGUGGCGCAGGCAUCAAUGUGCCCUAA